AGAUUAAAGAGACCCGUGGAGCCUGAGAUGGCAAGUCACCAUACUGGAGUCACACUAACCACCCUCAGUGUGAAGUCGCUGGAGGAGGUUUGUGUGGAUUUGAUCAAAGGGGCAAAAGAAAAGGCUCUGAAUGUGAGAAGGCUGGUGCGCAUGUGUACCAAGACAUGGAGAAUCAUCACUACCAGAAAAACCCCUUGUGGUGAAGGUUCCAAACGUGAUCAUUUCCAAAGGAGGAUCCACAAGCUACUCAGUGAUCUACACUGUCCUUCUGAGAUUGUCGAGCGGACUGCUUCCAUUAAUAUGGAGCCAGGAGUGGAGGCUGAAGUCACCACUGUAGAUGCCUAAGUCAACUGUUUCAAUAAAUUAACUUAAUGGCUAAAAAAAAAAAAAAGAAAAAAGA